AUGAGUGCAACAUCGGAUAACAUCUUGCCGCAGGAAGGAUCUCGAAAUGAGAUAGUCGAACGCGUUCUAUUUACUGGCGUUAACUGUGGGAUUAAUUUCGAUAAAUAUGAAAAAACACCGGUUCUAGCAACAGGGAGUGAUGCGGCGCUUCCGUGUGCAGUGUUCGAUGAACUGCAAUUGCAUCCAUGGAUUCAGGAAAAUAUCAAAAAAUCAGGUUAUACGAAACCAACGCCGGUCCAAAAAUAUUCUAUUCCAAGUUUACUAAAUUGUCGUGAUCUAAUGUCUUGUGCACAGACUGGCUCAGGGAAAACUGCGGCUUUUCUAAUACCGGUUAUCAAUCACAUCAUUCAAAAUGAACCAACUGCAAUGAAAAUGUCACAAAUGAAUCGUCGUACGGUAUUCCCAGUUGCGCUAAUAUUAUUGCCAACUCGUGAACUAGCUAUGCAAACUCAUAAAGAAGCUUUAAAAUUCGCUUAUCGAACCAACGUUUUAUCUGCUGUACUUUAUGGUGGUCGUGAAAAUUACCGCGAUCAAGUGCAAAAAUUAAUGCUUGGAUGCCAUAUGCUUAUUGCUACACCGGGACGUUUAUUAGAUUUGAUGAAUCAGAAUGUCGUGUCUCUUCAUGAGUGUAGAUUUCUGAUACUUGAUGAAGCAGAUCGAAUGCUUGAUAUAGGCUUUGAACCUCAAAUUCGACAAAUUGUUGAGUAUCAUUCGAUGCCAGAAAAAGGUAAACGCGUCACAGCAAUCUUUUCUGCUACAUUUCCAAAAGAAAUUCAGGUAUUGGCGCAGGAUUUUCUUGUGCCAAAUUAUGUAUUUCUUUCUGUUGGACGCGUUGGUUCAACAGCUGAAAACAUUGUUCAAAAAGUUAUUUGGGUUGAGGAGCAUGACAAGAAGCGUUUGCUUAUGGAGCUUCUCGAUACUGAUGUCAAUAAAGGACUUACCCUAAUAUUUGUUGAAACGAAACGAGGUGCAAAUGAAUUAGCAUGGCAUCUUCAACGCAAUCACUACAAUGUUAUGCCCAUUCAUGGUGAUCUUAAGCAAUACGAAAGAGAACGUCAUUUGGAAAUGUUCAGAUCGGGGCAAACAAAUAUUUUAGUUGCAACAGCCGUCGCUGCUAGAGGCCUUGAUAUUCCAAAUGUGAAUCAUGUGAUUAAUUUCAAUCUUCCCACUGACAUUGAUGAAUAUGUUCAUCGUAUUGGUCGUACAGGACGAGCUGGAAAUAUCGGAUUAGCAACUUCAUUCUUUACGGAUCGACAUCGUAAUAUUAGUCACGAUUUGAUGAAUCUUUUGGUUGAAUCUAAUCAAGAAGUGCCGGAAUGGCUUGAGAAAAUGACUAAAGAAAAUUAUAAAAGCCCUUCGAAAUCUUACGAUAGAGCACGUUUUGGUGGACAUGAUCAUCGUUUAAAUGCUGGAAAUAACUCAUUUCAUUUCAAUCGUCCUCUAUCUGUUGCGCAGAAUCGGGUGGAAGAAUUAAACUCUUCUGCUUGGUGCAGUCAAACACCAAGCACUAUUCACGCAUCCUUCAGUCAUGGUGAUACUGGAAAUGCUUUUAUGAAUGAAGCAUCUACUAUUUUCCAAAGCAAUUUGUAUCAGAUUCCCCAGUCAAAUUGCAUUUAUCAACCACAUGGCAACACUUUUUCAUUCGUACCGUUUGCUCCAAUCAGUAGUAUUAAUUAUUGGCGUAGCACUGCUAAUACUUCACAGAGUGUGGGAUUUUUGCAACCUGAUGCCUCAGCUUAUGGCGAACCUUUCGGGGUUCAAACAUCACAGACAGCAUUCUGUAAUUGGUAG